GCUUGCAAAGCACUGUAAGUGUCGACUUCCUUGAGACGUGGAUUGAGCAGAAUCUGGAGCUGUGAACAUUCGAUCAGCGCUGCACUCUUUGUGGCGUCUUGACAGCUGAGCCACAAUCGAAUCCUACCUAGGCCUGGGCCUGGGCCAAGGCACAUGGCUUCUCUACAAAUUGGAACAACGGCGACGCAUUUGAGAACCCCGCUGCCAUACGCUUUUUGAGCAGGAGGAGGUUCUGCAAGCACGUUGCACACUGAUCAAAGGAACAGGAUGAUAAUCAGGAGAGGCAUCACAACCUUGUGAACCUUGCGAAACAUAUGGCAGCAUUGCGAGGGCACCAUACCACAAAGCCUUUCCUGCGGUACUCUGCAUGCCAAUUCCCAGCGUGCUUUGGGAAGAUACAGCCUUUCUGGCAGAGCAGGGUCCAAGGCAUGGCGACUGUCGCUACCACCGUCGUCUUUGAUCAGCAUGGGCCCCCAGACAGAGUUUUGCGGCAAGAUCAGAUGCCGCUCAAGCCACCGGAGGACAAUGAAGUGGAGGUGGACAUGCUCGCGGCUCCAAUCAAUCCCUCCGACAUCAAUUUGGUUGAAGGAACUUACGGGAUUAAGCCGGACUUGCCAGCGGUAGCAGGCUUGGAGGGCGUCGGCAGAGUGACAAAAGUUGGGCCGGCGGUGACUUCUUUGGCCGUUUCAGACUGGGUGAUACCAGCUUCGACUGGAAAGGCUUUUGGCACCUGGAGGACCGCGGCAGUCUGUGCUGCGGAGGAUCUGCUGAAAGUGCGUUCCGACGCCCCGGUCGAGUAUGCAGCCACGGUGGCGGUGAAUCCUUGCACGGCCUACCGGAUGCUUGAGGACUUCGCGCAUCUCGAAGAAGGUGACGUGGUGGUGCAGAACGGCGCAACUAGCAUGGUGGGUCUGGCCGUCAUUCAGCUGGCGCGUGAGCGGGGCCUGCACUCGGUCAACAUCAUCCGGGACCGGCCGAACUUCGAGGAGAAGGCGGCCGAGCUCAAGGCGCUGGGCGCAUCGGUGGUGCUGACGGAAGAGCGCGCGCAGUCUCCCGAGGGGAAGCAGGCCAUGAAAGGGUUCCCCCCGGCGAAGCUGGGCCUCAACUGCGUGGGCGGCUCGGCGGCCACAGCUGUCACCAAGCUCCUGGGAACUGGCGCCACUCUAGUUACUUAUGGGGGCAUGUCCAUGAAGCCCGUCACCAUAUCUACGUCGUACUUCAUUUUCAAGGACAUUACGUGCAAGGGGUUCUGGGUGUCCCGGUGGGCGCAGGAGCACUCCGCAGAAGAGCGCUCCAAAAUGAUCGACUACCUCUUGGGCCUGGCUCGCGACAAAAAACUGACGUUUAACUUCGAGAAGACCCCGUUCACGGACUUCGAUUUUGCGUUGAAGAAAGCCCUGGGGAAGGAAGGCUUCACUGCAGGAAAGCAACUUUUAGUCUUCAAGUGAGCAGUCAACCGACGCCAAGUCUUGGUGUGUCAGGAAAAGUCGGCUUUCCUGGGCAUCAAAAUAGGUUGUGUUUGUCGUCUGUAGAGAAGCCGUUUUAGAUGGGGCAGUCAAGCUUGUUAGGUGGAGCGCGUCGAUCCGUCACCUUGUACAAAGCUUGACAAACAGGCUGCAAGCAUGCAGGCACACAUACCGGCCAGCGAGAAGUGUACAGGAGGUUUUGCGGGACGAUAUGGUCAAGCUGGCAGGAUACACUUUUGUACUAUAUUUAGCACAAGGAUCAGUCCGCUCAUGAUGAUCGAGUUGCAGGGUAAUAAGCCGGUGAUUCGAAGGCCGGGUUCGUCUUGCUGUCGCUCACUUUAUGAUGGUCAACGCCAGUGCUGUUCCGAAAAUGGACAGGGUCUAUAGAAGGACAUGCGGCGGCUUCCAGGACGCGACUAAAUACACUAAGAUGGGCCGCAGCAUGCAGCUGCCCGGCUUAAGUCGGACCAAUGUAGAGCUAGCCGACGCGGUUGUAGCCCAUGCACCGCGUUUGGGUUUGCAAGCGUGCAAGGUCCAAAUCUUGAUCCAAUGUAGGCGGCUCGAUAGUCUAUAGCUACGCAAAUUUGACAAUCUCGUUGACUGGCAAAAUUUCUCUAUUGCGUUUAUGGCGCCAGCCGG